GGAGGAGGGUGUGUCGAAGUCAUGGCUCCUGGGCGCUCAUAGCUGCGCUGAUCUGACAAGCGGCGGCGGCGACGGUAGCGGCACCCCCACCCGCCGAGCUGGAGUCUGGAUGGGGCUGCAACACAGUCAUGAGCCUGGUACGACAGCAGCGACAGCAGCAACGACGACAGAGGAGGAGGAGGUGGCGGUGGGGGCUGCCGGGUACAGCAGCUGUUUACAAACCGGUAGGCGGCAGCAGACCCAACCUUCCGGUAGGCCUCUGCAUGCGGGAGGUGCGGCGGGCGGCAACGGCAGCCUCGGGAUGGAAGCAGCAGGAGCAGCAGCGGUGACAGCAGUGUCAAUGGUGCCGGCAUCGGCUCUCUGUCCUCAGGCACCGGGAGCAACGACGCUGCGAGCUGCUAGACAACUCGCAGGAGCAACAUCACCAUUAGCACCAGAAAAGAGGAAGGGGAAGCAGGCUGUGUGGUUUGCCUCGAGUCUGCAGGAAGCCCUGAUCGUAGCGGAAUUUAUGUCGUACAAGCUGGGUGUCGUACGGAUUACCAGUGUACGGAAGCUGGAUGAAGGAAUGGCGCAGAUGGCUAGCGUUACGGGACCCUUCCUGU